UGUUCAACUCUCGCACAUGCUUCAGUCCCUCCAAUUUAUAUCAAUCAAAACAAUGCAUUCGAAGCCAACAAAUCAACAAUUCGCUCAAUAUCGUGUAACAAAUGCCUCUCUACCAGAAACAAGUUUCCAAAUUCAGUCUGCAAAUGAAGAGAUCAAUAGAGACAUCAUCUGUUCUUAUGAGUAUUAUCAUAGUUCUACUUACAAUAGAUAGAUUAGAGGGGGCUCCCAGAAACCAAAUCAUCAAAAUAUCAUGUUAUAACCAGACAGAAGACAAUUCAACACAGUUCAGCUCAAACUUUAUCAAAACAACCGAAAAACUCGAAAAACAAAUACAGUCUACAUUUUUCGCAACAGCAAGUGCAGGCAUGGGACCCAAUGCUAAUUACGGACUCGCUCAAUGCUAUGGUGAUCUUUCAACAACCGACUGCAUCUUAUGCUAUGACUCAGCACAUUACGCUACUUCCCGAUGUUUUCCAUAUACGGGUGCUACUGUUUAUCAAGAUGGUUGUUUUAUGAGAUUUCAAAACUACAGCUUCUAUGAGGAAUAUGUGGGGCCCGGUGACACUUUUAUUUGUGGGAAUACCACAAGGAAGAGUGGUGUGUUUCAAGAUUCAGCAAGGCGGGCUGUGUUAGCUGCGGGUAAGGAUGCGAUGACUAACGGUGAAUAUUUUGCAAGAGAAGAAGUGGUUAUUUCUGGGACAGUGAAUGAGUCAGCAUAUGUGUUGGCGAAUUGCUGGAAGACGUUGACUGCAAAUUCUUGUAGGAGUUGUUUGGAGGCUGCAUCGGUAUCUAUUAUGCGAUGUCUGCCUUGGUCUGAAGGGCGUGCGUUGAUGACUGGAUGUUUUAUGAGGUAUUCUGAUACCGAUUUUCUCAAUCCUGAGCCAAGCAGAAGUAAAAACAGAGGUUCUUCAGGAAGGAUGAUAGCGGUUAUAACAGUUGUUGUUAGCUCCAUUGUGAUUCUUGCAGUUGCAUUGUUGACCGCUUUGUAUAUGCGAAGAUGGAGAUGGCUACAAAAGAAGAGAACAGGUUCAUAUGACACUAAGAAAUUGGCAAAGAUUCUUACUGACAGUAGCUUGAACUUCAAGUACUCCACUAUUGAGAAAGCCACAAGCUCUUGGGAUGAUUCCAAUAAGCUUGGGGAAGGAGGAUUUGGGACUGUAUACAAGGGAGUUCUUCCAGAUGGAAGAGAGAUUGCCGUCAAGAGGCUUUUUUUCAACAAUAAGUUCAGAGAAGCUGAUUUCUAUAAUGAAGUUAAUAUGAUUAGCAGUCUUGAACAUAAAAACUUGGUCAGGCUUUUAGGAUGCAGCUGUUCGGGCCCAGAAAGUUUUCUUGUAUAUGAGUAUUUACCCAAUAUGAGCCUCGAUCGCUUCAUUUUUGAUGCAAUGAAAGGUAAGGAACUAAAUUGGGAAAAGAGAUUUGAGAUCAUUAUAGGCACAACUGAAGGUCUUGUCUACCUUCAUGAAAAUACCAAAAACCGGAUCAUUCACAGGGAUAUUAAAGCGUCUAAUAUCUUAUUAGACUUGAGGUUUCGUCCCAAAAUAGCUGAUUUUGGUUUGGCCAGAUCUUUUCAAGGAGAUAUGAGCCACAUCAGCACUGCCAUUGCAGGAACACUCGGAUAUAUGGCUCCAGAAUAUUUAGCCCUUGGUCAGUUAACUGAAAAGGCAGAUGUCUACAGCUAUGGUGUAUUGUUGCUGGAGGUAGUUACCGGAUUACAGAACAACAGGAGUAAAAACUCAGAAUACUCAGACAGCUUAGUAUCAAUUGCAUGGAGGCAUUUCCAACAAGGCACGGUGGAAGAAAUCCUUGACCCAAAUCUAAUGUUUCACGCAUACCCUAAUCUCAGUUUUAAAAAAGAAGCCAUAAAGGUUGCACAUGUGGGUCUCCUGUGCACCCAAGAGGCUCCAUCUUUAAGACCAUCAAUAUCACUGGCAUUAAAAAUGCUAGUAAAAGAUGAUGAAUCCUUACCAGCACCUUCUACUCCCCCGUUUAUCGGUGACAAUGAAUCAAACGAGUUAGAAGAACAAAUACAUUAUCAUGACCGUGAUAAUUUAGUUUCGGUUGCUACGGUUUCCCAUUAUCAAUUCUCCCCAAGGUAACACACUAAUGUGUUGGAAUUAAUCAUUGAUCUUGUUAGUUCGUUAGUUUUAUUGGAAAACUCAGUUAGUAUAGUUAGCGUGCUAUAUGUAAUUAUAAUAAGUUUAGGGUCAGUUGUGACAUUGUAGUAGAAUUAAAGGAAGCAACACGUUCACUACAAACCGUCGUGACGUUUCCUCCCGCGACUAUAUAAUCAAACAAACAAACACUGGCUUUGUAAAAAAAUUCGUUCUUAUAAAAAUAAUAAUACGAAUCGGUUCUUUGUCAA